GACUAAAAGAAGACGCUUGAGCUGCAGAAGCUGAACACAGACAAGCAGAAGAAGCAGAAGCUCAAAAAGAAAGAACUCGCCUAGAUGAGCAAGAAGCCACUGUAAUGGAAGAGCACAAAAAGAAUAAAUCUAAGUAUGCUCCAAUCCGUGACAUCGAUGUUCCAUCUGACCCCAUCAUUCUCCCUUGUCAAUAUGCCACUCGCAAGAUGAAAUCUGGCGAGUACUGCAAACUAUUCUACUUCACUAAUAGCAGAUUGGAAGAGGCCUCUCACAUAGCUUUCACAGCCGACGAAGAUGCCCUUGUCAUGCUCCCCAUGGCUGAUGGCCUCCACAAAUGGAUUCCAGCAGGAGCAGCCAGAGACCCUAAAGUCCAGAUAGUAAAGGACGAGAACCUCACCUGGGAGCAGUUUAAUGAGGCAGCCCCACAUAUGAUCACCCUGAUGAAAGAAAAUGACUGGCCAGAAGACAGGAUGAACAUGCACAUCACCUUCUGGUCGGCUCUACAAAACCAUCAAUGGUGUCAUGAUUUUGACAUCCACAAAAAAAGAGCCAUCCUGCUUUACCAAGCACAGCAAAGGAGGUGA